AGGGCGGGAGUUCCUGUGAGGCCGAGUAAGAUGGCGGCGGCGUGCCUGGUGCUCCGGAGGUCGCUCAAUGCCGGGUUACUGCGGGGUGUCCGGGCGGGCUGGCCAGGGGCCCCCCAGGCAAACAUGUCGUUUUCCAGCAUGUCCUCUGGCAGGAAGGUGGCACUCUCCACACUUGGUGUCAUCGUCGCUGGUGGAUCUGGCUUGGCUUUUGCACUCCAUCAAUCUGUCAAAGCAAGCGAAUUAGAGCUGCAUCCUCCAAAUUACCCGUGGAGCCACAAUGGUUUCCUCUCCUCUCUGGAUCAUACCAGUGUCCGCCGUGGCUAUCAGGUGUACAAACAGGUGUGUGCUUCGUGCCAUAGUAUGGAAUACCUGGCAUUCAGGAAUCUAGUCGGAGUAUCCCACACAGAGGCGGAGGCCAAGGCCCUGGCUGAAGAGUAUGAGAUUCUGGAUGGUCCGGAUGAUAACGGGGAGAUGUUCACUCGUCCGGGAAAGUUGUCGGACUACUUCCCAAAGCCGUAUCCAAAUCCUGAGGCAGCCCGAGCUGCAAACAACGGUGCGCUGCCCCCCGAUCUCAGCUACAUUGUAAACGCCAGGCACGGCGGGGAGGACUAUGUAUUCUCUCUUCUCACUGGAUACUGUGAUCCUCCAGCUGGGGUUCCAUUGAGGGAAGACCUUCAUUACAAUCCCUACUUUGUAGGCCAGCUCAUUGGAAUGGCGCCACCCAUUUAUAACGAGGUCCUGGAAUAUGAUGACGGAACACCAGCCACCAUGUCUCAGGUUGCUAAGGAUGUCUGCACAUUCCUGAGGUGGGCCGCGGAACCCGAACAUGAUCAUCGCAAGCUCAUGGGCCUCAAAGUGCUGUUGAUCUCCUCAAUUCUGAUCCCUGUAUUGUACUACAUGAAGAGACAUCGAUGGAGUGUACUCAAGUCUAGGAAGAUUGCUUACAGACCGCCCAAGUAAGGAUUGUAUGAUCACGUCAGCACUCGAAGAACUUCCUCAUACAAUGGGUUCGUGGCUUCCUCUGGGACAAUGCGAUGAAUAAUGUUUCCAAUUGGUCCUUUUCCUCCCUCUGAGCAGGAGGUGGGAUUUUAAAGAACGCGUAUCCUUGUCAGAUUAUGAGACCACUUUGCAUUCAUGGCUCUCGUUUUCUGUUUUUUUUGUUAAAUCAAAAUAUUCAUCUGCUUCAUAAGCCAUCUAGGGAGGAAAAGGGAUUUAUUGGGCAUGGGAGAACACAUGGUUUGAAAAUGUCUGUCCAUUCCCUUCACGGGGAAUCUAAUAAAUUAAAAAUAUUUCUUUUAAAACCAAA